GUUCUCAAAACAAUUAGCUCUUCCUUUUUUUUCUCUAGCUUCCUCAACAAAUAACAUUUCUAAGGAGAUGGGAAAAUCUUCAAGCUCGGAAGAAAGUGAAGUGAAGAAAGGACCAUGGACUCCAGAAGAAGACGAGAAGCUCGUCAGCUAUAUACAUGCGCACGGUCCCGGAAAAUGGCGAACCCUUCCCAAGAACGCCGGGUUAAGAAGAUGCGGGAAGAGUUGUAGAUUGCGAUGGACGAACUAUCUACGACCCGAUAUUAAGAGAGGAGAGUUCUCUCUUCAAGAGGAAGAGACUAUCAUUCAACUCCAUCGGCUUCUGGGAAACAAAUGGUCUGCCAUUGCUAUUCACUUGCCAGGAAGAACAGAUAACGAGAUAAAAAAUUAUUGGAACACUCACAUAAAAAAGAAACUCUUACGAAUGGGGAUUGAUCCGGUGACUCACUGUCCCCGGAUUAAUCUGCUUCAACUCUCCUCGUUUCUCACCUCAUCUCUCUUCAAAUCUAUGUCACAACCAAUGAACAUUCCGUUUGAUCUCGCUAAUUCAAGUAUUAAUCCCGAACUCUUGAAUCAACUCAAUACCUCUCUCAGCAAUGUUCAAACCGAAUCAUACCAACAUCACCAACCAAACCAACAGCUUCAAAACGACCACCAAACCAGUUUCACCGGUUUGCUCAACUCCACACCACCGGUUCAGUGGCAAAACAAUGGAGAGUACUUGGAUAAUUAUCUCAAUUACACCGGUUCUGGUGACCAAUCUAUUAACCAGGUCCCUCAAACGGGAAGCUACUCAUCGGCUGCAUUUACAUCCGAUGAAAUUUAUGACGGUGAGAAAUUUAAGGCCGGGUGGAAUUUCAGUUCUUCAAUGCUACCGGGAACUUCGUCUAGCAGCUCGACGCCGUUGAAUUCAUCUUCCACGGUUUUUAUCAAUGGUGGAAGCGAGGAUGAUAAGGAGAGUUACGGAAGCGACAUGUUGAUGUUUCAUCGUCAUCAUGAUCAUGAUAAUAAUGCGUUGAAUCUAUCAUAAUAUGUUACUUCUUCUUCUUGAUCCGAUCCGAUCCGAUCCUACUUGUUUUUUUUUCUUUUUAUUGGGGUUUGUAACUCUGUUACAUAUAUACGCUGUAUUUGAAGAAUUUGGUCCAUUAUUAUCUUGCAUAUGUUAUGCUUUAAUUUUUCUUCUAGUAUCUUAUAAAAAUAAUCCGAAGAAUUUUACA